UUCAAAAUGGUUUUACAAGCGAGCACAUGCAGACGAAACUCUUUCUUCGUUUAGUUGAUUCACUUGCAAAAGAAUAGUUAUUUCAGUAACAAUUACGUCUUGGUUAGAAUAAUAGGAUGCCUGGAAAGUUAAAAGUUCGUAUUUUAGCUGGAAGAGAUUUGCCAGUGAUGGAUAGGUCAACAGACCUUACUGAUGCGUUUGUGGAGGUAAAAUUUGGCAGUGAGACAGUGAAGACAGAUGUCUUUAAGAAAUCUUUAAAUCCACAUUGGAAUUCUGAAUGGUUUAUAUUUGAGGUAGAAGACAACGUUCUACAGGAUGAGCCCCUAGAAAUCAGAGUUCUAGAUUAUGACACCUAUAGUGCCCAUGAUGCAAUUGGUAAAGUUUAUGUUGACCUGAAUCCAUUGCUCAGCAAAGAAACUCCAAAUAUGAUCAGUGGAUGGUUCCCUAUCUAUGACACUAUGCAUGGUAUAAGAGGAGAGUUAAAUAUCAUUGUGAGAGUAGAAUUGUUUACGGAUGUUAAUAAGUUCAGACAGUCAUCAUGUGGGGUACAGUUCUUUAGUACUGCUGAGGUACCCAGUGGGUAUAGGCUACAAAUAAUUCAUGGAUUUGUUGAAGAGCUUGUGGUUAAUGAUGACCCAGAGUACAAAUGGAUAGAUAAAAUUAGAACUCCUAGAGCCUCUAAUGAAGCUAGACAGAGGCUCUUUUCUAGGCUGUCAGGUGAAUUGCAAAGGAAGAUAGGAGUGAAAGUUUUAGAUCUUGGUGGAAAUGCCAUUAUAGGUUACUACCAAUGUUUUGAUCUAGAAGGUGAAUCAGGAAUUGUAGCACGAGGUAUAGGGACAGUAGUUAACAUAGCUAAGAUACUCCAGCAACCUCCCUCACCUCAGGGGGUGUCACCACUACUGAAAGAUUUGAGGCUGUAUUCCAUUCCUCAUAGACACACCCAACAGAGUGUAACUCCGCCCACAAGAUACACCCAACAUAGUGUGACUCCGCCCUCUAGACAUCCACGUAAAAUACCCACUGCCUCUCCCCCUCCCUCUGCUCCACCUUCUCUGCCUGGCCAAUCAGCAUUUAGCUUUGCUUUCAGUUCCCCUGUGCCUGAGGAUACCUUGGCCCCGUCGUCACCUCCUGUCCAGCCUGUCAGAAGUACAACGUCUCCUGUCAAGAUGGUCCCGCCCUCACAGACCAACAGAAGAUCAUCAGACUCAGAUAUAAGUACCAACACUCCUCCUAAAGGAUCCAGUCUAACAGGAAGUAGUGGUAGUGGCAGUGGUAUAGGAAGUGGAGGCAAAUCUGUUUCCAAGUUAUCAGCACAGCAACCAAGUAUAGACUUGAUGGAAUACCCAUUUUUCACUAUGACUAGUUUUCCUGUAGGGUUUAUAUCACAUCUUGGUGGUGUUGUGUCUGCUAAGUCUGUCAAAUUAUUGGACAAGAUCCACAAUCCAGAGGAGCCAGAAACAAGAGAUGUUUGGUGGUUAGAGAUCAGGACAGAAAUCAGAUCACAUAUGAGGGCUAUGGGAUGUCAUGCUGUCCUUGGUUACACAGAACAAACCUCUAUCUGUGAUGAAAUCAUAGUUUUGUCAGCGUCAGGAACAGCUGCCAGAGUACAAGUGACCUCUGACCCUAUCCCAUCAGUCAAAUCUUCUACACAGCCACUGGUUCCCAGUAUGGAUAGGUUACAGUUAGAUAAAGAUAGGGAGAAGAGACUGUUUGUUGAUGUUAACCUAGCCAAUCAAGUGUCUCAGAAUAGACUAUCAUAUGAACAGGCAGAUGAAGCAUCACCGACAUUCCAGUGUAGUUUAUGUCAUAUACCCUAUAAAUCUACAUCCUUACCAUUUCCUGUCAACCUGUCAUCUUGUGCCAUCUGCAGAAAGAAGAAAGUUCCAGAUGUUCUUUUUACAACUAUAGAUCUACCAACAGAGAUACAAACCCAUGGAAAAGGGUCACUUAUACAAGCCAGAGUAUGUAAAGGCAAACUUAAAGCCAAAGGUGAACUCAGUGCUAAAGAAGUCAGUGAUAGUCUGCCAUUUUUAGAAUAUGAACUACAUAACCAGUUGAUGAACAAAUUAAAGUUACGAGGGAUGAAUGGUCUGUUUGGAUUAAGGAUACAGAUAUCUGUAGGAGACACCUACCUUAUUGGUAUAGCUACUGCCACAGCUGUGUUCCUGUCAGCCUUACCACCUCCUCUUAUACCUAAAGUAUCGGGACCAGUAACAUCAGACAGAGAGUGUAACCAGUUAAAUGAUUUACAGAAGAAAAUCACAGAAACAGUUCAAAGAAACAAAGAAAUUCAUGAAUUAAAUAAUCUGGACACGGGUCAGACUAGUCCUAGAAGUUUAUUGACAGAUGAUAGUGAGGAUGAUGUCUCCGAGCUGGAACUAUCAACAGGGAACAAAGAUACAUUCAUUUUAGAGGUGGAUGACACUAGGGACCAAAACAUUGCCUCUUUACUGAGGGACUCUGUCUUACCUGAUUGGGUCCAGAUGUGUAACACACAGAAAAUGCCUGGGACUACUGACCAAAAUAUGAUUUGUAAUCUACAGAUGUUUACCCAGGUUUUGCGGAGAGAGUUUAACCCUGCUGUAACAAGUAACAGUGCACUGUCAGAUAUGUUUGAAAACCUCAUUAGGAAAAUUUGUUUCAAGUUGAGAAAAAUGGCUCCCUGUUGUGUGUGUAAUCUGGACUUUAACAUAGACCUUCCAGAGGAAAACGAAAUACAGAUAAACCUAACAGGAGUGUGUAUUGGUUUAUCUGAUGUUUCCACCAGAACUUCUUCUGUACUUGAUUUACCUACCGUCAGCAAAAGUAGUUUGCUAAAAACAGCUGUAAGUGAGACAAGUAAAGGAAGUGAACAAGAAGACAUGAUGUUUCAGAUGGAAGAGUUGUCAGACAGUUCAUCGAGUAGUAUACAGGGGCUUCUGAAGGGACCAAAGCAGACAAAAUCAGAACAAACAAGAUUGUUCCCUGUGGUAUUUCCAAAACAUCGAGUUGGUAUUGAGUUGACACCUCUGCCAUAUAUUCCUAGAGGAAGGAUUGAGAGAUACUUAGGGCACUAUAACUUCUUCUUUAUCAGAGAAACUGGUUCCCUAAGAGAGAUUGGUGGCCUUGGUGGAUUUAUGCAAAGCUUUAUAGCUGAAGUGUUAGCCAAUGUCAGAGCCACAGUGGCAGGAUUGGGUGGCAAUGGUAUGGUGGCAUAUAGGAUGACAGAAUGUGUUCUGAUGUGUAAUCCACAUAAAAAUCAGGCUCAGUGUUUAAUCAACAUACGAGGAGAUACAGUCAGUUUUAGUUAUGACAGUGAAAUAUACCAAGUGUCGUCUGAACCAUCAAGAAAAAACAGUGACUCACCAAUAAUCAUAAAUACGGAGAGGAUAAACAGCUGAUUGUCAUGUGAAUUAUUAUUAUGUGAUCCUCAUGUGAUAUUUGUUAUAAGAACAGCUCAAAAAUGAAAAUAAACAUCAACAUUGUGAACAAAUCAAAGCAUAUAAAACGAUAAGAACAUAUUUAUAUGCAUCUUUGUUAAAUGAUUGGUUAUUUUGUAAAUACAUUUGAAUAUGCAGUCACAUAUAUUGUAAUAACCUUUCAAUUUGAUAUGAACAUGAUUAAGACCAAAAGUCAAAGAUUUUUCAUAUGCUUCUCUGUUAAUUUUGUGUAAUUCAAUGUGCAGUUGUAUGUUUUGUAAUGACCUUAAUAAGACAUGAGCAUGAUUAAGACCAAAAGUCUGUCUAUCUAUUUAUAGGAGAUUGGAGUAAACUUUGAUCUUUAUGUUGUAAAUUAAGACUUAGAAAACAUGUGUGGCUUGGUGUUUUCUAAUGGGAUAUAUUUUCAUAAUAUAUUAUGAUUCCUGAUAUGGAAUAAUAGUGAUGCUAAGUUUCAUUUGAUAUUCAGGAUCUACUUCAAUUGGAAUUACUGUUAAAAAUUUAUUUUCAAUAUAUCAAAAAAAGUACAAAUGGCUUAUAGUGAAUAGAAAUUUCAGUGCUUUAUUCUUCAUUAUGAAAGUGGGAUUUACCAGCAAUGAUUUAUUUGUGAUUGUAAGCAAAAUAAAUAAAUUUACAAUAAAUAUCAUUAUUAGAAAGAAAAAUAGUGUAUUAAAAGUAAAAUAGCCCAUUCAUAAAUAGUAUAGUCCAUUCAGGACAUUGGACAUGAGGAAAGCAAGCUAGCUAUCAUACAUUUAAAUUAGCUCUGCCCAAAACAAACCAGGUAUAUCUACAGGUAGUUAAAUGACCACCUGUUGAUAAUAGCUCUCACAAUACCUAUUGUACAGUUUAAAAGGACAAAUUGUGUUGACAAUAUUUUAUCCAGGUAACACUGUAGGUAUUAUAAUACCCCAAAGGUGAUCGGAUAGGCACAGUAAUUUAUAUAAAUAAGAAGAUGUUGUAUAAGUGCCAAUGAGACAACUUUCCUUCCAAGUCACUAUGUAUUAAAAGUUUGUGAAUUAACAUUGUAAUGAAAAUCAUUUUUUGUUAUCUAGUCAAUAUUAAUGUUUUGACAUUAUUCAGAAAAGCCUUCCCCUAGAUUUUUAUCUACUUUUUACAUAUACAAUUUUUUUUUUUCACGGCAAAGUAACUUGUCAUGGUUGUGUUCUGUUUUACUGCCAAUUGACAUGUGUUGUGUAAUGUGUAAUUAUCCUUUGUAAAUAGAUUUAUCUAUAUGUGUAGCAAUUGUUGCAUGCCUUUAUGUAUAAAAUAUGCAGAAGUUACAAACAAUUUCAUAUAAGAAAAAGUUAUGAUUCAGACAAUAAACCAAGUAUAAUAGACUUGCACAUCUCUAAAAACAACAAUUUAAAUUGUUUCAAUUUUUUGUAAGUGCAACACAUUUUUUCUUGAAAUUUGCCAAUUAAGAAAAGCUUUUAAAAGCUGAUAACUGGUAAUUAUAUUUCUUAAAUUACAAUCGAAUACAUAUGUUAUAUGUUCAAAUUUGCAUCUACCUUGCCUUUAAUUGUAGAGCUCAUUUUCUCUUUUUUUCACAUUUCCCAACAAAUUGUGAAGAAAUUGUUCUCCUCGCUAGCAAAUGAUUAGUCAAAAUUUAACUAUGGCAUCAUUUUUUUUCUGAAUUACUUACGUGACAUAUUGAAAACUAGAAAUUUAAUACAUGUUCAUUUUGAUAUAAGCUUAAAGAUAAAUUUGACCAAGACUUUGCAGAUUUCAAACACAGAAGUAGGACUGCUUGAGCAGAACAUAUCUUUUAUUCAUAUUCCACAGAAACAUACAAUUUAGAUAUCAGACGGCAUUAUGUUAAUUUUUACACAUGUUUUGUUACAUGUAAUACUCAGUUGUUAUGUUAUCUGAAUAUUCAUUAUUUUUUUAUAUCAGUUUAUAAUUAGAACUACUGUAUGAUGUGAAUACAAUAAAAGUAAAUUUGAA